AUGGAUCGCGACACUGCUAUCGAAUGGGCUUCUCGUAUCGGAAACGAACGAUUAACGAAGGACGACGUUUAUUGGGCGUGGGAGAUCAUCGAAGACAAGGUCAUACCCUACGGCAGCGUAUUCUCGUUUGUGGGUGAAGAACUGGACGCGGAGUUUAUGAUCGUAACGCAGAGAUCUGUGUUCCCGGAGGGAUACUUAGGGAUGGACCCCUCGAAAAUACCCCAGUUCAAGGAGGGUCCGCGGGAGGAGGUCACGGAGAAACUGUUAGAGGAGGAAGGUCUCGGUCACUUGAAGUUUGCUACCCGUCUGGACUGA